CGGAACGAGCACACGACUGGUACUCUGUAAUUUGCUUAUUGUGUUUACACUGAAAAGGGAAGUUAGUUAAAUAUUGGUGUAUUGUUUGGGUUAACAUGGACGUCAUAUUUCAUGAAAAGCAAGAAGGAUCACUGUGUGCACAACACUGUUUAAAUGCCUUGCUUCAAGGGGAAUAUUUUUCUGCUGUAGACUUAGCACAAAUAGCACAGAGACUGGAUGAAAGGGAACGGGCAUUACGUUCGGAAGGGGGAACACUUACCCAUGAAUACCAAAAUUUUAUACAACAGCCAUCAAGUAACUUUGAUGACAGUGGUUUCUUCUCCAUCCAAGUGAUUGUUGAGGCCUUGAGGGUAUGGAACCUAGAGUUACUGCAGUACAACAGUCAGAACUCGAUAGCCGAGCAGAGUCGCCAAGAUCCGACACAACAAUCGGCGUACAUAUGCAACUUCCGACAGCACUGGUUCACGAUCCGACAAUUGGGACAUCAAUGGUUUAACCUCAACUCGCUGCUGUCCGGGCCUGAGCUGAUAUCAAACACGUACCUCUCACUGUUUAUCACUCAAUUACAACAGGAAGGUUAUUCAAUAUUUAUUGUGUUGGGAGAGUUGCCAGACUGUGAUGCUGACCAGCUGUUGAAACUAAUGCCUGCUGUCCAGUCAGUGAAACCCACAUUGAUAACAGAAGUGGACGAGUCGGAGAUGGACGAUGCUGACCCCCAGAUAAGAGCGUUGAAAGAGGAAAGCCGCAAAUAUGUAGAGGCAGAGGAUGCAAGUCUUCAGAAGGCUCUACAACUGAGCAUGGAAGGAUAUUAUUUAGAUGAUGAGGGAAUGACCAGUCCUUUGGAGGCUAAGGCUGGUAGUAGUUCAGCUGUGAACUGCACUCCCAGUUUGGAAGAGGUUAGAGAAAAACGACUUGCAUUUCUCAACAAACUUGAGAAAAAUACUGACACACAGCCAGCCUCCGAGACAGACAGUACACAGGCCAAAGAUGAAUUAAGUGAAGAGGACAUGUUGAAGAUAGCCAUGGAAAUGUCUAUGCAACAGCAGACUUGACGUUUGUGAAAGCUUCCAAAGUGAUCUGUGAUAUGUUUUGUACCUGGGUUAAAACUAACAUAUGCAUGGGCAGACCUACAAAUGAACUGAGUGUGCAGGAACAACAUGGAGCCGCAUGUUUUAUAUUGAUAGGUUUUUCAGGCCACAUUCUGCACAUGUUCAAAGCAUUUUCCUGAUGUGGGUGUGAAAAGCAUAAUCUCACUACAAUACACAAAUAAUAGUUGUCUGUCUGAAAAAGAAGAAUUUGUUUGGUUUUUUAAAAACAAAAUGUUACUUCUUUGUCAUUUGCAGUGUUUGAAUGUUUUUCUGUGAUACAGUCAACACCGUUUAAUGAACACAUGCUAAGCAGUUGGAAGUAGAAUGUAUUUGUUUACGAGUAACAAGAAGUAGUGCAUUAACGUCAUAUAGCAGGCUCAUCGUUGUUGAGUUAAUGGUUGAUAGCAGCAAUUGCCAACGUCGUAUGAAACCCAACACUUGUGUUUAGCAUGUUCCUGGGUUGUAAUGGAGCCAUUUUUUGUUCAUCCUUUGUUAUAAAUGGUUGAGAAAAUAAUUUUGAAAUAGUUUCAGUAAGGUUGGGCAUCAUGUGUUAGUUCUGACAAUAAACGUCCCAUGCUGAGUGUGAUGUAUUGUGUUGUACUCCACUACCCAUAUUGUCAUUUGAGUGGAUAAGCUACAUUGACUAGCUAGUCACUACUCUAUUAUGGCAAGAUGUAAAUAUCUUUCAGGUCACCAGAGUAAGUGUUUAAAAAAUCUCUACUUGCAAAAAUGGUAAAAAUGAAUAGUAUUCUUAUGUCAAAACAUUACCGGUAGAUGGUUUAUCAAAGUUGUAAAUUUAAUGUUGGUUGUGCCUUGGGGUGGGUGAAGUUUACCUGAGCCUAAGUAAGUGUUUAAAAUUCUAAUUGCAAAAAUGGUAUAACUAAAUAGUAUUCAUAUAUGUAAGAAAUCAUUACUGGUAAAUAGUUUAUCAAAGUUGUAAAUUUCAUUAAUGUUGGUUUGUGCCUGGAGAUGGGUGAAGUUUACUAAGACUAAUUUCUUCACAACAAGCUUCCUCGACUCGAGGGGAAGCAAAUUACCAAUUAUAGAUACAUUUACUCUGUAAAUAGCUGUCACACACUCUACAAGUCUGGUAUGUGGGGGGUCAGCAAUUUAUUCAGAUGACCAUUUAGGUCCGUGGACCUCAUUUGAAUCAAGUUACUCUUAAAACAGAACUUUCAACAUGUAUAAAAGCAAUUAUUGAAUGCCCAUUCAUGUUUUUUGUUUUGCUUUUUUUCUUCUUUUCCAUUUUUGUGUCAAAGUGCCUUUAAUUCUUUUAGUCAAACACUAUUUUUGGAUCAGUCAUCUUAAUUUUAUUGGUAAUUGUUUUCCAUCCAUCCAGUGUAAAACUUUAUGGUAUCAGUAUACAAUGAUGUAUUUUUUAGUGUUGUGCCAAAUUAUUGGCAAAUGUAAGUAAUCUUUCUGUUUUUUAAGUUUGUUUUUGUUAAAUUUCCACUUUUAUAUUAAUUUAACACUGAGCCCUAAUCUAACCUGUCAAAUUUUUUUUUAUACCAAAAGGUUGCUAAAGUCAUUGUGUUAUUAACAUAAUCGAGAAGUUGAAGUUGCUGUAAUCGGAUUUUAAAACAAAAUCACACAACAGAUAUAAAGACGCCAUCUUGUUUAGUUUCAUAGCUUUCUUGACACAUUAUCAGUCCUUUCUUUUACUUGCCACAAUUCUACAUUAAUGCUCGUCAUGUUUUUUGCAUUUGACCAGUCUUUUGGUUCUCGGCCAGAUUCAUUUCAGUAAUGUAAGAAAAUAAUAUUACUUUUGUUUUAACAUAAUGACACAUUAAUUAUCAAUUACUUAACACUAUGUCUUCAAUGAAAAUAUUAAAUAAUUUUAUUAGUAGUAGUAUUUCAUAUUGAAAUAUAUGUAUUACAAUUUAAUUCUAGAUUAGGGCCUGGACAUGUAAAUACAUGCAUUUCAGUUCUCUCCAUCUUAUCACAUUAUUUUAAGGAGUGCUCUUUAAACUUCUAAUUUCCCACGUGUUUAGUAGAUUAUACAAAUUUUUUUGUUCUGUAAAAGCAUAAUAAAAAUAUAAAUUGUUGCUGUGAAUGAUUGCAAUAAUACAGAGUACCACUCAACAAUGCAGUUGAACACUUGCUUUUACAGCAUCACAUUGAUUAAUCAGUUACAAACGACACUUUUAUUUGUUGAGUUGUUUCACCCGUACUGUAUAUAGACAAGUUAUUAGAUAAUUUUGGCAACAGAGCAACCAAAAUGUUACCUUUGUUUUGGCAAUACAGUGAAACCGGUCUAAACAGGAUCAAGCUACAAUCUAAUUUUUAAAAGAUCCUUUUGGCAACAGAGAAACAAAUGUUAGCUUUGUUUUUUUAACACGGUGAAACCGGUCUAAACCGAGACGUAAUAUUUAUCUGAUUUAGACAGGAUCCUGUGUUUAGAGGGUUGCAUUUCAGAAUUAAAACAAUUUGGGACUACAAAAUGUUUCGACAGGAUUCCGGUUUCUUCAGUGUCCGGUUUAGACAGGUUUCAACUGUAUUAACCUUUGACAGAGACCAUUGUAUAACUGUUUCAUUUAAUUUAUCAAAUGGCAUUGUAGAAUUAUUAAUUUUGCUACAAAGAAUUGAAAAAUGUUUUAAAUCUCAUUAACUUAUUUAAAACGUACUAAUAAACAGCAUCUUAUUUGCUAGUAAUAACUAAUAACGUCAAGCAAUUUUUCUUGUCCGUUUUACAUACAAUUCCUAUUGUUUUAAAAUAAUUGAGCCAUGUGCUGCAUUUCAUUAAAGCAUAAUGUAACAUGCUAAUAAACUGAUGCAUUACCUA